AUGGCACCUCCAAACACUGAAGACUCUGAACUUAUCUAUCGUUCAACAGCAGGAGGCGAAUCAAUAAAACAAGAUAAUGAACCAGAUGGAAAAUUUGAACGCCAUUAUGUUCCACCCAAUCUAACAAUCAAAGAGAUUCGUCAAGCAAUUCCUCCACACUGUUUUCAAAGAAGUACACAACGAUCUCUGGGUUAUCUUUUAAAAGACCUCUCAAUAAUUGGUUUAUUAGUGUAUGGUGCGACUUUUAUCGACCCUUUAUUACCAAACAUAUUACGAUUAAUUGCUUGGACAACCUAUUGGUUUUUCGUGGGUGCAUAUGGUACUGGAGUUUGGGUGCUUGCUCACGAAUGUGGACAUCGUUCAUUCUCGCCAAGUAGAACUGUAAAUAAUAUUGUUGGGUGGAUACUUCACUCGGCACUUCUCGUUCCUUUUCAUUCAUGGCGAAUUACUCAUUCACAACAUCACAAAAAUACAGCAAACGUGUAUAAAGAUCAAGUGUUUGUUCCAAAAACUCGGUCAGAACUCGGACUUCCACCAAGAAAAGAUGAUGAUGACGAUGAAGGGCACAUAUUUCAAGAUGCACCAAUCUACACACUACUGAAUCUAAUUGCACAACAAUUAUUUGGUUGGCCGCUCUACUUGAUAAAAAAUGCUUCUAGUAGAUCGUAUCCAAACUCGGAAACCAAAUGGAUAAAUCAUUAUAAUCCGUCGGCGCCAAUGUACACUCCAAGUCAAUAUAUGGAUAUAGUGAUCUCGGAUAUUGGAAUUAUUAUGGCUAUAUCAACGCUCACAUAUCUUUCGUUUACGUUUUCGUUGCUUACCAUCGUAAAAUUUUAUUUUAUCCCAUAUUUGAUUGUGAAUCAUUGGCUGGUGAUGAUUACCUUUUUACAACAUACUGAUCCAAAGGUACCUUUCUAUCGAGAUGAACAAUGGGAUUUCGUUCGAGGUGCUGCUAGCACAGUUGAUCGACAUUUCGGAUUCCUAGACGACAUCUUCCACAAAAUCACCUCAACACACGUAGCACACCACUAUUUUAGCGAGAUGCCAUUCUAUCACGCCGAAGAAGCAACAAAACAUCUUGCGAAAGUAUUAGGCAAAUACUACUUAUUUGAUGACACACCAAAGUUUAAAGCACUUUGGCGAAGUUAUAGUACAUGCAAAUUUAUUGAGGACGAAGGAGAAAUUAUCUUUUUAAAAUAUUAA